GAAAGCGAAUCUGCAAUGUGAGAAAUUGACAUGACAAGUGAAGAGGAACAACGCCAAGCAAUCUUGGCGCUUGGUAAAUCCUUCGCUCAGUGCACAGAUUUCGAUUUAUGGGGCCAACCAAUUGAAGCUAUAGAUGGCUACAAAAGACUAUCAAGACAACUGGAUGAUUUUGCUAAUACAGAGAUUCCGCUUUUCUCAGAUGAACAAAAAAAAGUAUUGAGGAAGAUAGGCAUCUGCUUGGACCUGAGAUGUAAAGCAUUACAGGCACCUGGUACAGUCAAUGGAAUUCUAUUAGAUGACCUGAAGAGGAUAGGAAAUACAUUGGACAGCAUUUUAAAGCAGAGAUGUCGAGACUUCCCUGUAGAUGUAACAGCAGCACAACUCCAGGCCCGAACACUUCCCAGCUCACAGAACAGAGUUCAAGAAAGUGAUGAAGUGGAUGAUGAUAAACAGGGAUCCAGAGCAAAAGGAAGCUUGCUGCCCAGACCUCUAGCAUACAGUGGUAUGAGAGUACUGACAGUUAAAAUAGAGAGAAUUGGACUAAAAGAUGCCACUCAGUACAUAGAACCUUAUAUAACUGUGUCAGUGAGAGAUGCAACAGGGACAGAGCUUACAGCUGCCCAGGAUACACCAGUAGCCACCAAGAAAGAGAGCAAGUGUAUUGUGUUUAAUGAAGAGGUGCACAUUCAGAAGUCUAUAGAGAGUCUCCCCAAUGGGUUUUCAAUAUUUUUUGAGUUCAAGCAUUUUAAACCAAAGAAAAACAUGAUCAGCACAAAGUGUUGGGCCUUCAUGGAGAGGGAUGAAGUCAAAGAGGGACCAGUAGCAUUAGAACUAUACCAGAAACCAGCAGAUUACAAAAGGAAAAACAUCAAGCUGUUAACCGUGAAACCAUUGUAUCUCCAUUUGAAAAUUAUUUUUAACACAUAAUGGACAGAAGUCAUAUACUGGAAGUAUCUUGACUUUUAAAAAGGAACAUUAAAAUUGUGAACUGAAGUUAGACAUUAUGAAUAGUGUUUUAGUAAACACAGGAAGUUAUGCUUUGUAAAUCAUUUUGUUAUGAAUCAGUACAUGUGAGGCUUGUAGACACCAUGAAGAUUGAUUAUAGGCCUCCUAAUCAGUGUCUUGUCUUAUAUAACUUGCCUCCUGUAUUGACCUGUGCUAAUAUUUUAAUAGAGCUUAAGGAAGUCAAUAACAUGUGCUAAAAUACUCUUGACUUAAUUUUCGAGAAAAAAAAAUCAAUCUAAAUUAUUAAAAACUUACCAACAAUAUUUCCUAUAUAUCAGUUUCCAGGAGGUAGUAAAAAAGGACUAUGUCAGCAAAAAUGACUUUUUUUUUAUAAGUGUGCCUUAAUCAUUAACAAGAAGUUUUCUGAAAUAAUUACUAUUAAUUAUUUUCAUCCUAUAUUUUACAAAUACAUGUAUUUACUGAAACUUUCUGUAUUUUAAUAGUUUUAUUUAUCAUUUUAAAAAAUAUACACUAUGUCUUAACAUUCCAUAUAUGUCAGCCAAAUCCGAAAUAUAAUCCUCACACUAACAUUUCUGUUUUGUUAGUCCCUUGACCACUCUAAAUGAUAAACUAGUGGUUAUAGAGGCUUUGUCUUCACUUUGUUUGUCUGUGGUUAUUCCAGUUUUCUAAACUUCCAAACAGAAUUCUUUAAGGGUGAACGUUGUUACAUGUACCAUGCAUAAUGCCGAGUCUCAUGUUAUAAUGCAAGCAUGCUUUAUUGCAAAGUUCCAGUUCUAAAAUACAAGUCAAGUACUGUAUUGGUUGUGAGAAAUUAUUACAGAUCAGUAUACAGUAGUGAAAUAUUUUACUACUGAAUGUAUUAUAUAUGCUGCACAUCUCAAAUAUUCUGGUUAUCCAAUAGCAGCUGUUGUUAACUGAUAUCCGUCCAAUGUGUUCAGUUCGUCAGAAUGAAAUGUCUUAAUAUUGUUUAGUUUUGAGGUGCUUUUUUGACCAAAUGAAUUGUUUGAGAUGGAAGGAAUCUAGCUUUUAUUUUAUUUUUGUUAUGAUCGUUCCAAUGCACUUUGUUAUUGCACAGAACGUUGAUCAUUGUUUUAAUAAUCUUGGAUUAGGUGAGCUGGAAGAUGAUUUUAAAUAAACAUUUAUUUUUUUUUGUUUUAAAGCAUAUUUAUUAAUAAGUAAAUGUUUGUAUUUAUCUCCUAAAGAACACCCUUAAAAUCGGAUGUCAAUUUUCUUUCAGUCAUAAACUUUUGAACAUUUUGAAUUUCACAAAAAGAUUGUGAAUUAUUAAGUAUAUGGUCCUCAUUCCCAAAGCCCAAAUCAUUUGGCCAUAUCCUCCAAAAUUGUUACAUUCUUUAAUUUAUGUUCUCAUGAUUUCAUUGGGAAGUGAGCCUUUAAUUACUAUUGUUGGGAAAGAAAUAUGUUCACAAGUCCAAAAUUUAAUUUCUAGGAUUCAGAUGUUAAAAAUGUAUAACAUCUUGUACAUUUACUGCUUAAUGUGAAACGUUGUGGAAAAUCAGUGGAAAGACAGUAAAAAGGUAUCAGUUUGAUUCUGAAAUUAUGUCUAUAAUUUAAUUCAAGAUACUAGACAAAUGUGUGGUUUUGCAUAAUAUGAAAUGUCUAUAUGUAAAAAUACAUGCAUUUUCAUAUACAUGUUCAAGUAAACCAUUUACAUGUUGUGUACUGUGAAAUAUGUGAUUUACAGUACUGGUAUAUAUUUUUCUUGAUUUGUGAUCAAGCAGCUUACCUGUUUUAAAAAAAUUGCAAAAAUUGAAUUUGCAAAAAACGUGAAUGCCAUGCACUUUUCAUUUAUUGAGGAAAACAAGUCAUUCAAAUUCAAAUAAUAUGCUGUAAAGCAACUAAUUACCAUAUGUUGAAAAAUUCAGAUUGAAAUAAAAGUAUCAAUAGCAUUGAUUUAUGUUGAAGUCAUAAAGAGUAUUUUAGAUAAUUUCAAGAAAGCUAACCAAGAAAUUUCAAAAGAUUUUGAAUUAUGGAAAUAUGUUGGCAAGAAUAUAUGUUUGUGUAUUUUUUUCUUUUCUGUCAGUGUAUCUUUAGUGAUUAAAACAUUUUAUUUUACA